CUUUGCUCUCACUGUUGUUAAUAUGCUUCAUACUUUUAUCAGUAGCUUAAGUAGCUGACACAGUUUCUCCUUUAUGUGAACCAACAGCAGCGGAGGAUACGGUUAGUCUCAGCUGAACUUUGACCUCUUUUCUCUGGAUUUCACAAUGCUCAUGUUGUCAGGAGGACAGCUCUCAGUUGUCGACUGAAACAAGAAAAAGCCAACGCACUGAUUUGGACAGUGGGGCAGAUCUUGUUGCUGCAGAGAGGAAGUAAUUUCACAUGAGGCAGGAAUGAAGAGAGCUGUGUCUUUUCUGAUCACUGCCUAUGCCUCAGUGCCUGUUGUUCUCUACCUGUUCCCCUGGAUACUGGGCCACGCCAUAUUUGCUCAUUUGUUGAGGUUUCCAUUCUUUGUGGAUCUUGGCAGACCUGAAGAUGUCCUCAACCACACAUGCAACUUCUACCUCAACACAGAGGAGGGUAUCUCAGUGGGAGUGUGGCAUACACUCCCUGCCAGCCAAUGGGAGGAGGCCGUGGGGAGAAGCCCUGAGUGGUACCGGGAGACUCUGGGAGACGGCCGUCCUGUUAUUAUCUAUCUCCAUGGAAACGUAGGAACCAGGGCAAUACAUCACAGGGUAGAACUGGCAAAGAUCUUAGGUACUGCAGGGUAUCAUGUCUUAUCUUUAGACUACAGAGGUUUUGGAGACUCCAGUGGGGAGCCAAGUGAAGCUGGACUGACCAGCGACGCCCUCUACCUGUACCAGUGGGUAAAGAAGCAAAGCAGAGGGAGUCUUGUCUGUUUGUGGGGACACUCGCUUGGAUCCGGGGUGGCAACUAACGCUGCUGUGAAACUACAAGAGCAAGGGUCUGCUGUUGAUGCUUUAAUCCUUGAAGCUCCAUACACAAGAAUUGGAGAGGUCGUAGCCAAUCAUCCGCUUGCUAAGUUGUACAUGUUCCUUCCAGGAUUUGAGAGCUUGCUAUGGAACAUACUAGAAUGGAACAACAUAGUAUUCGCAAAUGAUAAAAAUUUAAACACCUUGACCAGUCCGCUUCUUAUCCUGCAUGCAGAGGACGACAAUGUUGUACCUUAUCACAUGGGUCUGAAGCUGUACCAGAUAUCGCUCCAGGCUCAGAAAAAACACAACACAGAUGUUCAGGUUGAAAUGAUCUCCUACACUGCAAAUCGUGGAUUCUCCCACAACAACAUCUACUUAGAUCCUAAUCUGUCAAAUGUGGUUAGGGGCUUUCUACAAAAGCUGAGACAGUAGAGUGGUUCGUGAGAAGUGCGUCUGUUCUGUAGUUUUUGUUUUUUUUUGUUGCUUCUGUACAUAAUUGAAUUUAUGCCAGAUGAACUUCUAAACAACUAAAACAAAAGCCCUU